UAGGAAAUGUCACAUGAAUCCACCAUGCACUAAUAUAAAAAUAUUGGAAAAAGGUGCAAAUUUUGGACAAAAAAGCCAGAACUGCAAACUUUGGGCUUUUAAAAAAGAAUCAAGAAUUAUAACAAAAAAGAAAAAUGUUCAUAAAAGUUCAAAAUACGGCCAAAAACCCAGUUACCCUUUUAAGGUACAGCCAGAUUCUGAGGGGGGCAUGGCACAAUCCUGUGGGCGCCCAUGGACAAGAUGCUAGGA